AUGAUCAACAACUGUCUCACCGUCGAACCUGGAGUUCGGGCCUGCUGUUGUAACACCGACGCCUGUCUCACGCCAACAAGGAAGCCUGGAAAUGUUCUCUGGUGUUACGUUGGUCUUAGUGCCCCCAAGGCCGGAAUCAAUGUCGGAGGAGAGGUCGUCUGCGAUGGACAGUGCUCGUCGUUGAGCGCAAUCAUCAACGGUGAUAACGUCACCACCUUCCAAUGCGCCCCAACCACAAUCUGCAGAUCUACCCCCCAACGCCAUCACCUGUACAGGAGUAUCCGAUUUCUUGCUGGAGCGGAGUCUACGUCAACGAACAAUGCACAAUUACUCGCUGAUUCACCAAACUUUGCUUCGGGUCCUGAAUGCGGAAGGUGGUGGCUUCAGGACCCCAAUGAUAUUGGUCAAAAUCACAAUGCCACCGUUUACAUGUGUGAUCCGACAGCGGUCUGCCAGGCUCUCAAUAUGAGUAACACUUGUAUGAGCAUGGAGGUAGGACUCUCUGGUUGCUGCUGUAAUGAAGACGCCUGUCUUACACCAACGAAGUCACCUCUGAACAACCCACUGACGUGCUACGUUGGAUUGAAUGCCCCGGGAAAGCUGGCAUCCAACGUCGGGAGUGUAGUGUCAGUGGUGGUUUGCAAUGGAAUGUGCUCUUCGCUGAACGCUAUAGUCAAUGGCGAUAACGUUACCACAUUCCAAUGUGUGUCAAGAAGCGUCUGCAAAUCAUUCGGCCUUGGAGUCGGUUACGGAUGUCAAACCCUACGAGGUGAUCGUGAAGUGACCGGAUGUUGCUGUGACAACGGAAAUGGCUGUAACCUCGCCGCCAGACCGGAUAUCAUUCAACCAACUCUUGCUCCUUAUGUGGAGUUCCCUAUCUCAUGCUGGAGUGGUGUCUAUGUGAAUGGAGUUCCACUGUCCAGACCAGGUUACCAAAGCUGUAACGGAGAGUGCGCCUCGUUGACCUUGGUCACUACCAUCAACCAAGUCACUCACAACGCUACCAUGUACACCUGCGAUCCAUCGUCUGUCUGCAAAGCUCUUAAGAUGUACAACCAGUGCACCACAUUGGAGACCGGACUCAGUGGAUGUUGCUGUGAUACUGACGCCUGCUUGAACCCUACCAGGGUACCUGGAAGGCCACUGUGGUGCUAUGUGGGACUCAUAGCCAAAAAGGCUGGAGUGAACGUAGGAGCUGAGACAUGUCCAACCAAUGCAGCACAGUCGAGCCAGGAGUCAGCGGAUGUUGCUGUAAUACUGACGGCUGCCUUAACCCUAACAAUAACGUCGUAUUAUCCUGGAAACCCUCUGGUGUGUUAUGUUGGAAUCUACUACGAGAAGGACAACUACAGCGUCGGUUCAGAGAUGCCUUGCAACGGCCAGUGCGCUUCGCUACAGACUACAUUCGGCGGAAAAAUGCUGAAGAGUUACCAUUGCGCGUCAACACAAAUUUGCAAGCAAAUUGCUGACAACGACUGCACGAAGAUCUACAAAGACACUGAUGUUACGGGAUGCUGUUGCAAUAAUGCAAACAACUGUAACGUGAAGGAAUCGAUCAGCACCAACAACACCGUUCCUCCGUUCACCGGCACACCAAUUGCUUGCCAAUCUGGAAUCUAUGUCGAUGGAGUAGCUAUCGCAAAUGACAACGCUUUCAUCGCCUGUAAAGGACAAUGCGCCAAAUUGUCGUACGCGACCAAUUUGACCGGAGUCCCACACGUACUCGAUCUUUACACAUGUGACCCAGCCAGUGUAUGCAGUGGACUCGGACUCUCCAACAGUUGCGCCUCAAUUGACGGCACCAAUGUCUCUGGUUGCUGUUGCACUUAUGACGGUUGCGUGACACCAUCGAGCAACCCCACCGCUCCUACCGGAUCCAGCGCCGUGCCCACGAUCUUCAUGAUCUUCAUCGCUGCUGUAUAUACACUUCUCAGGCAGUAG